AUGUCGAUGAGUCCCAAGCAUACUACUCCCUUCUCAGUGUCUGAUAUAUUGAGUCCUCUGGAGGAGAGCUACAAGAAGGUGGCUAUGGAGGGCACUGGCUUAGGGACUCCCCUGGCUGCCUACAGGCAAUCUCAGGUGUCUCAGCCUUCCAUGCAGCAACAUGCUAUGAGCCACAAUGGAGCAGUGAGUGCAGCCUACCACAUGACAGCGGCAGGGGUCCCCCAGUUAUCCCACACCACCAUGGGGAGCUACUGCAAUGGCAACCUGGGCAACCUGGGCAAUAUGAGCGAGCUGCCACCCUACCAGGAGACCAUGAGGAAUGGUUCGGCUACUGGAUGGUAUGGGACCAACCCAGACCCCAGAUUUUCUACAAUAUCCCGUUUCAUGGGUCCCUCCAAUGGGAUGAAUAUGGGAGGUCUGGGUAACAUGGGCUCCCUGGGAGAUGUCGGGAAGAGUAUGGCCCCAUUGCAGAGCACCCCCAGGAGGAAGCGCCGGGUCCUGUUCUCCCAGGCCCAGGUCUACGAGCUGGAGAGACGGUUCAAGCAGCAGAAGUACCUGUCGGCCCCAGAGAGGGAACACUUGGCCAGUAUGAUCCACCUCACCCCAACUCAGGUGAAGAUCUGGUUCCAGAAUCAUCGCUACAAGAUGAAGAGACAAGCCAAGGACAAGGCAGCACAACAACAGAUGCAGCAGGACAACAGUUCAUGUCAGCAGCAACAGUCCCCAAGACGGGUAGCAGUCCCAGUAUUGGUGAAGGACGGGAAACCAUGCCAGGCUGGCUCUAAUACCCCCACAGCUGCCCUGCAGAGCCACCAGCAACAGGCAGCCCUCACAUCUCCAGACAUGGGUCAGCACUCCAAUAGCCCAUCCAACCUUCAGAGCCAGGUCACCAACUUGUCUCACUUAAACUCUUCCAGUUCUGACUAUGGCACAGCCAUGUCCUGCUCCACCUUACUAUAUGGUAGGACAUGGGUGAAAGAAACCAGCCUCGGCCCCUCUGUCCCCAAACAACCCUCCUCAGCUCUUCAAAAAAUGGCAAAAAAAAGAAGAAAAAAAAAAAAAAAAAAAACCUUCAGUACUUUGGGGGGACGGAUUUAUAAGAGGGUUUCACUGAGCAAUCUAAAAAGAGAAGGGGAAGGAUAG